AUGGGAGAUGAAGAUUGGGAAGCAGAAAUCAUCAAACCUCAUGUGUCUUCCUAUGUUCCUGUAUUUGAGAAGGAUAAAUAUUCUUCUGGAGCAAAUGGUGACACUUUUAACAGGACUUCGGCUUCAUCAUCAGAAAUGGAUGAUGGACCUACUCGAAGAGAUCAUUUCAUGAGAAGUGGAUUUGCCUCAGGGAGGAGUUUGGGAAACAGAGAUGCUGGUGAGUCUAAUAAAAGAGAGAAUACACCCACAGUGGGCGGUUUUGGAGUUGGAAAGGGUUUUGGAAACAGAGGUUUUUCAAAUAACAAAUUUGAAGAAGGUGAUAGUUCUGGUUUCUGGAAAGAGUCUAACAAUGAUUGUGAAGAUAAUCAAACACGGAACAGAGGGUUUUCCAAGAGAGGUGGCUAUCAAGAUGGAAAUGAUUCGGAAGCUUCAGGGCCAUCCAGAAGAGGUGGAAGAGGUAGUUUCCGAGGUUGCCGUGGAGGAUUUGGUUUAGGAAGACCAAGUAAUGAAUAUGACCAAGAUGAGGGGACACAGCGUGCUGGUAGCCUUUUUGGUUCUAGAAGACCAGCAUUAAGUGGUGCAGGUAAUGGUGACACUUACCAAAGCAGAAGUGGCAGUGGAAGUGGUCGAGGUGGUUAUAAAGGUUUAAAUGAAGAAGUAAUAACAGGCUCUGGAAAGAAUUCUUGGAAGUCAGAAGCUGAAGGAGGAGAAAGUGGAGACAUUCAAGGCCCAAAAGUGACCUACAUACCUCCUCCUCCUCCAGAAGAUGAGGAUUCCAUCUUUGCACAUUAUCAGACAGGCAUAAACUUUGACAAAUAUGAUACUAUUCUUGUAGAAGUGUCUGGACAUGAUGCACCACCAGCAAUUCUGACUUUUGAAGAAGCUAAUCUUUGUCAGACACUGAAUAACAACAUUGCUAAAGCUGGUUAUACUAAACUUACUCCUGUGCAAAAAUAUAGUAUUCCUAUUAUACUAGCAGGACGAGAUUUGAUGGCUUGUGCUCAGACAGGGUCUGGGAAGACUGCAGCUUUUCUCUUGCCCAUUUUGGCUCAUAUGAUGCGUGAUGGAAUAACUGCCAGUCGUUUUAAAGAACUGCAGGAACCAGAGUGUAUUAUUGUAGCACCAACUCGAGAAUUGAUCAACCAGAUUUAUUUGGAAGCCAGAAAAUUUUCUUUUGGGACUUGUGUAAGAGCUGUUGUUAUAUAUGGGGGAACCCAGUUGGGACAUUCAAUUCGACAAAUUGUACAAGGCUGUAAUAUAUUAUGUGCUACUCCUGGAAGACUGAUGGAUAUCAUAGGUAAAGAAAAGAUUGGCCUCAAACAAGUUAAGUAUUUAGUUUUGGAUGAAGCUGAUCGCAUGUUGGAUAUGGGUUUUGGACCAGAAAUGAAGAAGUUAAUUUCUUGCCCAGGAAUGCCAUCAAAGGAACAGCGUCAAACCCUUUUAUUCAGUGCAACUUUUCCGGAAGAAAUUCAAAGGUUGGCUGGGGAGUUUUUAAAGUCGAAUUAUUUGUUUGUUGCUGUUGGACAAGUGGGUGGAGCAUGUAGAGAUGUUCAGCAGACCAUUCUCCAAGUUGGCCAGUAUUCAAAAAGAGAAAAACUUGUCGAAAUUCUACGAAACAUAGGUGAUGAAAGAACUAUGGUUUUUGUUGAAACUAAGAAGAAAGCAGAUUUCAUUGCAACUUUUCUUUGUCAAGAAAAAAUAUCAACUACAAGUAUUCAUGGUGAUCGGGAACAGAGAGAGAGAGAGCAAGCUCUUGGAGAUUUUCGUUGUGGAAAGUGCCCUGUUCUUGUUGCUACUUCAGUAGCUGCCAGAGGGCUAGAUAUUGAAAAUGUUCAACAUGUUAUCAAUUUUGAUCUUCCUUCUGCCAUUGAUGAAUAUGUUCAUCGAAUUGGGCGUACUGGGCGUUGUGGGAAUACUGGCAGAGCUAUUUCUUUUUUUGAUCCUGAGUCAGAUAAUCAUUUAGCACAGCCUCUAGUGAAAGUAUUGUCAGAUGCUCAACAGGAUGUACCUGCAUGGUUGGAAGAAAUUGCCUUUAGUACAUAUGUUCCUGGCUUUAGUGGUAGUACAAGAGGAAAUGUAUUUGCAUCAGUUGAUACUAGAAAGGGCAAGAGCACGCUGAAUACAGCAGGGUUUUCUUCUUCACAAUCUCCCAAUCCAGUAGAUGAUGAGUCAUGGGAUUAA